AUUGCUCUAUCUUUUCCGUUUGUGAGCUUUUAUGGCUCCAAACGGUGGUUUUGAUAUUAAGAAAAUGAUUGAGUAUUGCCUUCUAUUUCGGUUGGAAACAUGCUAUGAAUUUCUUUUAGGUGGACUUGAGAUGGGUGUGCAUUAUUGAUAGGAAUUAUUGGCUAUAGAGAGUUGUCUGCAUUUUUUGAUUAAACAAGAAGGGCUGAGUGUCUCUUGUAUCAAUUGAAGAUAGAAAGUACUCUUGUAUCUAUAAUUUUCAUUAAAUGGUAUAAUGUUUUAUUGGGUUUUGCACGCUGGAAAGUUUUAAGUAUAUGAUGUUGCUGAAUAUUGACAACCUCUAUGGAAGAAUAAAUGGCCUCUACUCCUUUUAGUUGUAUAUUGCAGUUACGCAUUUUGAUUUCUUGCUCUAUUUCAACAUUUUGAUUAGUUUUGGCAGUUUGGGUUUUAGAAAUUCAUGAGUGGAUGCAAUUGGUUUUAGAUUGCUGUUGGAAGUUUUGUGUUUUGAUUUGGAAAACUGGUUAGUUUUUACAAUUGGGUUUUCAAAGAUAUAGAAAACCAAAUUAACGAAUGAAGGAAUCUGACUUGAACACCAAAUCCCUACGUGGAAACCUGUUAAAGUUGAUAAGCAAUCUAUGUUUCUCAGUGUUCCUCUUCUUAGUUUUGAAAUAUUAUAGACCAGAUUAUGCUUCUUACAUAUUUAAAUCCUUUUGAACAUUAGCAACUACUUAAAUAAAAGAAAUUGGAUUCU